AUUGCUUUGUGGGAAGCCUGUGAUGCUGCCCUGUGUUGACAGAGAAGCAUUACAGUAACUAGUAAGUGACAGAUACACUAUAAUGUUUCGGCGCGUAGUGCAUCGUUUUGCUUCUAGCUUGCACCCUCAGCAUGGAGCUAGCAGUGCCCGGACUGCAGCCAGCAACAUUCCCGUUGUAUUAAGUGCUAAGGUAUGUCAGAGAUACACCCUGUUAGAAAGAGGUCUGGUCCUGUCAUCGCUUUCCUAUGUGGCCUUUGAAUCCUACAGGUGGAUAAGUAAACGUGUAACUGUACAUGCCAGUAUCAAAGUUGAUGACAUUGUAGAACAAGCUGAUUACCUGCAUGGGAGUGGAGAGACAGAGAAGUUGUAUGAAUUCUUAAGCCAAUACAAAAACAGUGAAGAUGAUGAACUUCUGUGGCGAUUUGCGAGAGCAGCACGGGAUAUGUCUCAGCUCAGCAAAAUUACUCCAGAUGAGAAAAAAAGGCUCAUUUAUGAAUCCUUUGAGUACGUUAAAAAGGCGUUGGAAAAAAAUGAGUCUAACUCAGCAGCUCAUAAGUGGUAUGCUAUAUGCCUUAGCGAUGUUGGAGAUUAUGAAGGCAUCAAGGUGAAAGUAGGAAAUGCCUAUAUUAUAAGGGAACACUUUCAGAGAGCCAUUGAGCUGAACCCAAAAGAUGCAACUGCCAUUCAUCUGAUUGGUUUGUGGUGUUACAGUUUUGCCGAUUUGCCUUGGUAUCAAACUAAAAUUGCUUCAGCGUUGUUUGCAACACCACCAUCAUCCACGUUUGAGGAGGCUCUAAUAUACUUCGAGAUGGCUGAAGAAGGAGACAUCUUGCAGGGACUGCCACUUUUUUGCAAUAAUUCCUCCGGGGAAGUCUCUGUGCGGGUCGGCGAGAAAAACCACAUCUGAAAUUGCGAGACAGGAACUUUUACAGUUAACAUCGUUUUUUUAAUAGUGCCCUAGCUAAUACCUGUCUGAGCAUUACAUGGAUGCAGCACCACGUUCUGCGACUUAAAUAAUGUGCUUUAAACAUUAGGCCACUUUAUCCUAGGAAGUCGGUUUGAUAAAAUAACUCAUAUUAAUACAUUAAAGAAGUCAUCCAUACGCAAUAGGAUGGUUAGGGAGUAGUGGUUAGCCUGGAGUAUCCCUCAGGAGAACAAAAAUGUGGUGUGAAACCAUAGCACUUUUGGUAAUAUUGAGACCAGGUAUCACUAAACACAGUUUGUGCACUAGUUUCACAGAGUAGAUAAAUUGUUCCCUAAGGACCAGAGUCACACUUGUAGAUAGGCUUAAAUAGGUUUGUGUGAAUCGAGAGGUGAGCUCUCUAGGGAGCCGUACCCUUUUGUCCCAGUCUGCCUUUCCUGUCUUGUCCUUAUGUAUUGCACCCCCUAUAUAGCACUGCAGAGCCCGCUGGUACAUUACAAAUAUAAUUGUAGUUGUCUUCUUUCAGAAGUAAGGGCAAGGCUU